AUGAUUCAAUUGAAAGGAAGUAGCACCACUUCAGUGCCAGUAAUUCAUUUGACCGAGCACUUAGUCAUUCGAUGCUCUAUCAAUACUCUCUUCAAACGCACACGGCGUGUUGUUAUCUGUCGGCCUCCUCCUAACCUGAGCCACCUUCUGAAUGGCGUUGCCUCAGGCUCUUUAACGCCGGAUAAAGAACACUAUGUUGGUUUGUAUGCGUCUUGUAUGGAUGAGAUGGUGCCAAAAUCGAACUGGCACAGUAGUUCACGUUCUAUACUAUGGAAUGCACCAAUGGCACUAUCUUCAUCGAGGAGUCUAUCUCUCACUCAGGAUGACUCCGUUGGCCUGUUUAAUCUUCAUUAUAACUAA